AUUAUUACAUCACAUCACAUCCCAAUCCUAUCACAUCAUCUGUUUCAAGGAAAAGUUUAAAAACCUUAUUUUCUGUUUCUAAACUAUAGGCUUUGACCUUAAUUAACUUCAGCAUAAGUCAUAAGUGGAAUUUCUGUAAAUUUUGUCUGAUUGAAGUUAUCCCUCGACGUCAUGUUUGUUUGUAUAAAUUUCAAGCUGUAGGAUAUUGCUACUUAUAUUGUGUAAGCAGGGGUGGGUGUUAUGAUCAUCGCUAAAUUAAGUUGCUCAGGCUGAAACAUAUUUCAUCGACUCAUUAAGACCGUAUUUUGCAUUUUUAAGUGCGACACAUAAAUAAGCAAAUGGGUCGCGAAGAUAGUCAAAAGCUGCUUGUACCAAAGGUAGAAGCUCCUGAGAAGGACAUGAACGUCGCCGUAGGAGAUGACGUUCUUCCAGGAAGUAAUGAGGGAGGAGGAUGCAUUAUUCCAUCACCAUCGACUCAAAAGAUUGAACAACAACAACAGACGAUUUCUGGUGGUGGCAGCAAUUCGAAAAAAAGGAUACGGACUGCCACCGUUCUGGACGAAGUCGACAAAAAGUUUCUGUUGGAACAGUACGUUUCCGAGCGUCAGAAAAAUGUGAACCUUCAACUACAAAAUCGAGUCUCGCAAUUGGAGAGGGAGCUGAGGGACAAGGAACGCGCAGCGCAAGAGAAGGAAAAACUCCAUUUGGAGACAUUGGCUCUGGCAGAAAGUCAUCACAGGGAAAAUGUGCUGGGCGAAAUUGGUCGGUUACUGGAGACGGAAUUUAAUUGUUCCAUAUGCAAUGAUAUUUAUAUCGAUCCUGCAGUGUUAAGCUGCGGGCACACUUAUUGCAGUUACUGUAUCAAUAGGGCCUUAGCCAUCGAUUGUCUCUGCCCUGUUUGUCGCACAGGUUACAAUUUUAACCCCCCUUCAAAGAACAUUGAAAUGCGAAACUUCAUCAAUAAGAUAUUUCAAAUGUUGCCGGAGGAUAUGCGAACUACGAGGGAUCAAGUGCUUCAAGAAAGAGCUGCAUUGCCGAAUCCAAGUUCAAAUGAGAAUAAUCGAAACAGAUCCCGGCGUCGGAGAUCAAGGUCCGUAUCACCAUUUGACCUUUUUGGAAUGUUCAAUGAUGACGAUGCAUUUCGAGAAAGAAGAUCUAGGUCGAGAAGUGUAUCAACAUUAAGCGAUAGCGACGAUUCAGAUGAUGAUAGUGCUAUCAGUUUCUUUGAUUUAAGGGCAAGUCCUAGAUCACCAUCACCACCUGAAAGGCCUGUGCGAAGUCGAACCCGUUCAAGGUCGCCAACUGCGUCAUCUAGAAGACGACGAAGUCCAACGGCUCGUUACUCAGGAGGUCUAAUUCCACUGCCUUGGAGAAGUCCCUUCUGGGCCUCAACACCAGCAAGUCGCACAUCGAGGUACGCUUCCCCAUCGAUAACAGAGGAUCGUCGCCCUCGACAAACUGCGAGGCGUGGACGGGCAUUCAGUACAGGUCGUUCAUUCGCCGGGACUACGUCUGGGGGUCGUCGAUAUGGCUGGGGUCCGCCGCGUCGUCAAAUUCAUCCCAUUCGAGAGUCUACUAGUAGUAAUAAUAAUAUUGACAACAAUAUUCCCUCAUCAUCUGGGAGUAAUGUUGGAGCAAGUGAAGGAAAUAGGAGAAGAAUGUCACUCCUUUCACCUUAUAGACCAUUUACCCAUAGAUCUGGACGUUGGGUUAGCAAUUUUGGUCCAACCCGCGACUCUCCGUCCACCUCGAGCGCACUGCGUAUUCAGCUCCCAAUUCCACCACGAAUGGUUCGACGCCCCCUUCCCAUUCCAGAUAGCUUUGAGGACACCUUAAGUCGUCGAGAUCCACCUGCUAACUUUGUUCCUGGCUGUGGUCCUAGUACGGCUAGUACUGGUGAGAACGUGUCUGUGUCUGCACCUCAACCAAUGCUAAACCAUGAUCACUCUUAUACAUCGAACGCUGCCAGCGUUAUCGUUGCUGCCAUUUCUGCAGCCCGAUCACGACCCAUUGCAACGACAUCAGUUUCUCAAAGUACAGGAAAUACAGUCCCUGAAGCAAAUUCUACAGUAAUGAGUGAUAUUGAACGGCUUGAACAAACUAGAAGACUUUAUGCAUCCAACGCGGCCGCUUCAUCGAGAUCUACUGGUACAGGGACCUUGUCACAAGCGUUAGCAAUGCUUUCUCCUCCAUCAGCUUCAGACAAUCUGGCUGACCGUGAAUCCUCUUCUAUUUUGAAUAACCAUGCGUCUGUGAAUAUCAGUAAUAUUACAAAUUUAAUCUCAAAUGAAAUAGAACCUCGUCGAUCACCACGGAUUGCAAGCGCCAGACAAUUUCGCCAUCGUUUUCUUGCCCCAAUAUCAGGAGGUUAUCGCGAGACUGAGCGACAAAAUGAACAUAAUAUGAAUUCAGAAAAUGAAAUCAAUAAUCAAGAUCAAAAUCAAUCAUCAUCAAAUGGUCAUGGGCAAGAUUUUAGCCAGCAGGAAAACCAGAGUUCUAGAGGAAAUGGUAGCGUAAUAUCCUCAACUGGUGGAACGCGGGGUAGUUCUGUUGGUGACUCGCCGACUUCUUCUGAAAUGGAUGCAAUGCCGAGUAUUGCUCCAAUUGACAGUGCUGGAAUUGAUGCGAUGCGUCGAUUUGUUCAUGAUUUGCACAAUUAUCGUGGUUCGGGACGUGACACUAGCAGAGCAGAUUCUUCCCAUCGCGAUCGAGAUCGAACAAGAGAUAGACGCUCUACAGCAAUUGUAGCGAAUAAUUCUCGCUCUUCUCGGGAUAAUCGGCCAAGAUCCGGCCGAAGAAGUUCUGUUGACCUGCACGACAUGGAUUUGUUCUGAUCUGAGUGGAUAUUCAACGAAUUUUACCUACCUUUUAAAUUUCAUAUUUAAAACCUCCAGUUUCUUAUGUCGUUAUAUGUAUAUAUAUAUUUAGUACUUGCGUAGUCCAGCUAUGUAUUAUCCGUUUAUUGCAUUAAAUAUUAACCUUUUCAAUAAUUAUAGUUAUUGAUUAACUGUAUUUAGUCGUACAUAACUAUGUUUAUGAUUAGAAAGUAACAUUGAUACGUUAAUUUGGAAAUAUUAUUCAUUCAUUAGGGACGACUUAAUAGAAUUUGACUGGGAUGUAAUGGUAUUUACCAGAUAUUGUGAAAAAUUUUUCAGCAAAAUGCGAUAUACGAAUCGUGUAACACGAGGGUUUUCACGUCACCUUCGUAACUGUCGUAACUGUCGUAAAUAGCGUAAAUUUACGACAUCUACGAAAAUUCCAUGCUUACGAAGCUUCGUAAAUAUACGCAAGGUUGAGGCAUCUUUUUCGUUCGUAAAAAAAUUUUGUAAGCAUAAAAAAUCAUGAUAUUUCGAACACCAUAGUUACCGAUGAUAUUAGGCAAGGAAAAAUUAUAAACAAUUUUUACGAAAUAUUUUUUACGAAGGGUCUUUCAUGUCAACCCGUCGUAAAUGACGUAUAUUUACGAAUUUUAUUUUACGAAUCCACGGUUACGAAGGUCGUGAAAACCCUCAAUGUUAUUUAGCGUUUUUACUUGUAAUAUUGAAUAGUUUAACUGCUAAUCAAAGGGAAUUCCGUUCUUGAGACUGUGAUUUUCUAAGAACUUGUAUGUAUAUGCUAUAAAUGUUGAUUGUGGCAUACAUUAUAGCUAAGGAGGAGAGUACGCCAACCUGAUAAUGACAGAUCUUGAUUUUAUCAGGAUAUAGUGAUACACACCAUUACUCUCAAGAUAUGUCAUUGUUUCACACGUAAAAUUACAGAAUAAAGUCAAAUUUUACCCCAUGUA